AUGGAUCCGUAUACGAACACUGAUCUUCCUGGCUAUAGUUUCAUAUUUCAGCCAGCUCACUCUAACGCAGGGGGUGUUGGAUUCUAUAUCAACAAUAACUAUUCUUACACCAUAAGAAAUGACCUUUGCCAUACAGAAUCUGAAUUUGAAUCUUUAUGGGUUGAAUUUGAGAUCCCCCAUCAACACAAUAUUGUUUGUGGCGUGGUAUAUAGGCAUCCAGACACAAAAUUAGACAAGACAAUCAAAUUCCUGUAUGAAACUGCAGAGAAAAUUAACAAAGAAGGCAACUAUUGUUUGCAUCACAUCCAAGGCAGCCAAAAUCCUGCAGACGAAGCAUCAAGAUCGAUGUCAGCGCAAAAACUUCUCGACAACCCUAGAUGGCUCAAAGGCCCAGCGUUCCUUUGGGAAGCAGAGGUUCCUCUGAUCAACCAAUCCGGUUCCAGAUUCAAUGUAGCUGAUGACGACAUCGAGGUAAAGGUCCAUUAUCAGGAAGUGCAAGCCACUACCCUCAUCACUGCAAAGGCCAAAGAUCAACAUCCAACUGUUCUUCAAUACAUUGAACGUUUUUCAAACUGGCACAAAGCGAAGUCAUGGAUCUCCACGAUACGAAGAGGUAUCAACAGAUUGAAAAAGAAAAGUCCAUCAGUCGACAUUUCGCAGAAAGAAGUCAACUGUCUACCCAUAGAUACAUCUGUCAAGGACCUGCAAACCGCAGAACAGCUUAUAAUCAGAAAUCUACAAGAAGAACAUUUUAAAGAGGAAAGGACAAUCCUUAAACAGCUUCAAGGAAAUGCAGACCGUUUCAAAGAUCGUAAUGCCGCAAGAGCCCGAAAUACUAAGUUGAAAGCAAAGAGCACAUUGUUUCGCCUCGACCCGUUCAUUGAUCAAGAUGGUCUUCUCAGAGUUGGAGGACGGAUCACCACGACAGAUGAACCAUUUGCAGUGAAGCACCCUCUAAUCCUUCCCCAAAGAAGUCAUGUGACGACUCUCAUCAUCAAUCACUAUCACAGUGAAGUCAUCCACCAUCAAGGUAGAAGUACAACUCUCAAUGCCCUACGACAGUCAGGGUUCUGGAUCACCAACGGAAGAUCUGCUGUUACAUCUCACAUCAGCAAAUGCGUUACGUGUCGCAAAGAAAGAGGCAAGUUGCAAAACCAGRAGAUGGCAGAUCUACCAGAAGAGCGUGUGACACCUGCUCCACCAUUUACUUAUUCGGGUAUGGAUGUUUUCGGACCGUUCUACAUCAAAGAAGGUCGCAAGACUGUCAGAAGAUACGGCAUAAUAUUUACAUGCUUAUCUUCACGUUCUGCUCAUCUGGAAACGCUGAACUCCAUGGACAGCGAUUCAUUCAUUAAUGCACUUAGACGUUUCCUCAGUCGCAGAGGAAAAGUACGGGUAUUACGCUGUGACCAAGGCACGAAUUUUGUUGGAGCCAAAAACGAGUUCAUCGCUGCUGAAUCUGAAGUGGAAAAAGGCAAAGUAAAAGAAUUCUUAUUGAAGAAUGACUGUGAGCUCAUUGAGUUCAAAUUCAACGUUCCCCACGCCUCUCAUAUGGGCGGUGUGUGGGAGCGCAUGAUACGAUCAACCCGUUCAGUGUUGUCAUCACUACUCAACCAGCUGGGUAGCCAGCUAGAUGACGAAUCUUUCAGAACGCUGAUGACAGAAGCGGAGAACAUCAUCAACAGCCGCCCCCUCACAGUGACAGACCUAUCUGACCCAAAAGCUGAAGAGCCCCUUACUCCAAACCACCUCCUGACCGGAAAGUCAGCUGUAGUACUACCUCCUCCUGGAAAGUUCGAGAGUCCCGAUGUGUAUUGCAGAAAGCGAUGGCGUCGUGUCCAGUAUAUUGCGGAUCAGUUCUGGACACGAUGGAGGAAAGAGUAUCUCAACCACCUCAACUGUAGACGAAAAUGGACUGUCCCCAAGCGCAACAAUCAGGUGGGUGACAUUGUCCUCCUCAAAGACGAAUGCCCAAGAAACAAGUGGCCUCUUGCCAGGGUAACGAAGACCCUUCCCGGUAAAGACGGCAUAGUGCGCAAAGUUGAAAUCCAGACUGCGCAAGAUGGACAGCGAAGGUUCUACGAAAGACCUAUCCAUAAACUGAUACUAGUGCUAUCAAAGGAAGAACAAGAGAAUAAUUGA